CCGCUCAGCCAAUCAGCGCGCUUCAUUCCGCUCGCACCUGCGUGGUGGCGGCAUCCAAGAUGGUCGACCGGGAGAAGACGGAGCUGUACCGGCAAGCCGUCCGCAUCGUUUUCCUGUGUUCCGUGUGGUUCACGAUCAGCUCCGGCGGUAAUGUGAUCAAUAAGCUGCUGCUGAAUGACUUCCCGUACCCGAUCACGGUGUCCAUGAUGCACGUGCUGUCCGUGUGCAUGUAUCUCGGCCCCAUCAUGCGGAUGUGGCGCGUCCCCCUACAGAAACCAGUUGAGUCAGGCUACUACAUGAAGAUGAUCGUACCGCUGGCCGUGGGGAAGUUCUGGGCUUCCGUGUCCGCUCACGUUAGUAUAUGGAAGGUGCCGGUGUCAUACGCACACACAGUGAAAGCUACGAUGCCCAUAUUUACAGUUAUUCUCUCCAGACUAAUAAUGAGAGAAAAGCAAACAACUAAGGUGUACUGUUCACUCAUGCCCAUCGUCCUGGGUGUGCUGGUUGCCACGGUGACAGAGCUGUCCUUUGAUCUGAUUGGCUUAAUUAGUGCCCUAUCGGCGACAAUCACAUUUGCUCUACAAAAUAUUUUCUCCAAAAAGGCACUAAGGGAGACAGGGAUGCAUCACUUGAGGCUCUUACAUGUGUUGGGAAAACUGGCAACACUCUUCCUUCUGCCCAUCUGGAUCAUCAUGGAUGGCAGCAGGUUCCUGACAGAAGAAAGUUUGACCGACAAAGACCAGUGGUUCUGGGUUCGAAUCCUGGGGUUGCUGGUCACUAGCGGCUUCUGCAACUUUGCGCAGAAUAUCGUGGCUUUCACGGUCAUCUCCAUCGUCAGCCCGCUGAGCUACUCGGUCGCGAACGCGACCAAGCGAAUCCUGGUUAUUACAGUCUCCCUUAUCACGCUGAAAAAUCCCGUCACCUCUACCAACGUGUUAGGCAUGUUUGUGGCCAUACUGGGAGUUCUCGCAUACAACAAGGCAAAAUACGACCAGAGACAAGAGGAGAAGAAGACGACGUUGUUACCGACGAUUCACAACAACGCCACCCUGGUGCACAACCACUUCCAGCUCGACGCACAACCCAACGGCCCCACUUCCGCUUCCGGUUACAACCCUGCCUACCUGAACAGCCUGCCCAACUACAGCAGCGGCACCGGAAACAGAAGUACCCCGGGAACGACGAGCACAUCCGGUUAUGGCGGCAGCCCUUCGGUGAUGAGUCAGACGAGAACGUACAUGGACGUCUAGCAGGGCCUGUGUAGGGGUACAAUGACGUAAUGUUAAUGGUAUGACAAAUUUCAAAAGCCAACGGUAGUUACUCUCCAAGCAGAAGUUUGGGGUUUGGCUUAUUUUUGCGCGUUUUUAGGCUUUUUUAUUGGGCUU